UUUAUUUUUAGAGAGAGAAAGAGGAGGAGAGAGAGAGACAGAGGGAGGCAAGGGAAUGAUGUCGCAGAGCAGUGGAAGUAGUAACGGCGGAGGCGGUGGUGGUGGUGGACCCGAUUUUCACCUAUCGGACGAAAUCUUAUCUGUAAUACCCACGGAUCCGUAUGACCAGCUGGAUCUGGCUCGGAAGAUUACCUCCAUGGCCAUAGCUUCGAGAGUAUCGAAGCUCGAGACCGAUGUGGGGAGGAUGAAGCAGAAGCUUUACGAGAAGGACAGGAUCAUUUUUGACCUCGAGGAUAAGCUUUCUCGUAUCCAACUCUCCCAAAACGAUGCCGAUUCGCGUUUGAAGGCCGCCCUCGAUGACAAUAUGAAACUCUCUAAGGAACGGGAUUCAUUGGCAGCGACUACGAAGAAACUAAGCCGUGAUUUGGCAAAGUUGGAGACAUUCAAGAGGCAGCUAAUGCAGUCGCUAAAUGAUGAAAAUUCAUCUCCUGUUCAAACUGUUGAUAUUGGGACAUGUGACCAAUCAGUCCCUAAGGCAUACCCUGAUAAUGAUGAAGUGACAAAUGGCUACAAUGGAGUACAUUCCUUGAGUGGCUCUACUGAUAUGAGAUACUCAAGUGAUGAAGCAUCAAGGAAUUCUGGAAACAGGUUUUCCAUGACUGCAUAUAUCUCUCCACGGCUUACUCCAACUGGAACUCCAAAAAUUAUUUCCACAAGUGGGUCUCCUAGAGGAUAUUCUGCUGUUACCUCUCCACAUCGAACCUCUGGCUCCACUUCUCCCACAAAACUGCCGUAUGAUUCACGGUCUUCUUUGUCUGCUUGGUAUCCAUCUAGCCAGCAGUCUUCAGCAGCAAACUCUCCUCCUCGUGGUCGUGCAUUGCCAGGGCGCACUCCACGAAUUGAUGGCAAGGAGUUCUUUCGUCAAGCCAGGAGUCGGCUCUCAUAUGAGCAGUUCAGUGCAUUUCUAGCUAAUAUCAAGGAGCUAAAUGCUCAAAAGCAAACUAGAGAGGAUACCUUAAGAAAAGCAGAGGAGAUAUUUGGCACAGAUAACCAAGACCUUUAUUUAUUAUUUCAAGGAUUGCUUAACCGCAAUAUCCAGUAAAACUUAAAGUAUUUGUCGGUUGGAAGGGUUUGAAAUAAGUGGCAAUAGAGCUCCAGCACAUGGAGAGGGCCUUGAGCACACAAGUCAGUUGUGAAUUGCUGUUUGACAGGUUGUGGAUCAACUCAUUCCCAGCCGCUUUAAAUGGAUGGUUUAUGACUCAUUUCUUUAUGUACUUGGUUUGCAGAAGUUAACUAGUGUCUUCUUCCCUUUCCAAAGCUGGGGUAUGGUUUUGUAGGCCUCGUUAAUAUGUAUCAUUAAAUGCAGGUAUGCUUGUACAUAGUGGCUUUAUUAUUUUGCACUACCUGCCCGGUUGCUCAAAAAGGUUCAAUUGGCAUUUUCUUUCUAAAAAUUUUCAUUCUUGAAUUUGCAUGUACAAAAGAACCAUAUUCAACAUCAGUCAUGUUGUGUCCUUUUCCCUCU